CCGCAAAGAACUCUGGGUAGAAAACCGAUCAGUGCGUGUUGAUUUUGUGGAUUUCUUUACAGUUUGUCGAAGAGUGAGAGACCAAUUUCUCGUUUUCUAGUUAACUAAAGUAAAUUAUUGUGCAUAUUCUGCAAAGAGGACUCGUGGACAGACGAAAAUAUCCCGCUAACUGUGAGAAUUUCGACAUUUUCUCAAAGUAUAUUGGGAGUUUCGAUAUAGUAGUUUGUCCUUCCUCCAUUUUGGUUUGAUGUGAGAAAGAUCAAAAUGGGCACCAGAUUAUAUAUUGGCAGACUAUCUAACUACGCACGAGAGAAGGACGUUGAGCGUUUCUUCAGAAACAAUGGCAGAAUCAGAGAUGUUAUGUUGAAAAAUGGCUAUGGCUUCGUGGAAUUUGAAGACUACAGAGAUGCCGAUGAUGCUGUUUAUGAAUUAAAUGGCAAAGAAUUGUGUGGCGAAAGGUGUAUUGUAGAACAUGCUCGGGGACCAAGAGGGGAUUCCUUCAGAGAUCGGGAUCGUGGGUACGCCCCACGUCGUAGGGGUGGUGGCAGAGACAGUCGCUAUGGACCACCUACACAUACAGAGUACAGGUUGAUCAUUGAGAAUCUCUCAUCAAGGGUUAGCUGGCAGGACCUUAAGGACUACAUGCGUCAAGCAGGUGAAGUUACAUAUGCAGACGCACACAAGGAGCGCAAGAAUGAAGGAGUUGUGGAGUUUGCUACAUACUCAGACAUGAAGAACGCUAUUGAUAAGUUAGACAGAACUGAAAUCAAUGGAAGGAGGAUCCGUGUAGUGGAAGACAAACCCAAGAGGCGUGGCCGCUCAUACUCCAGAAGUCGUAGCAGGAGCCGAAGCCGUUCCCGUUCCAGAUCCCGAAGAAGCCGAUCAAGGAGUCGCUCCAGAAGCCGCAGUCGCAGCAGGAGUCCCAGUCGUAGCAGAUCAAGGAGUAGGAGUGAAUCCCGUUCCAAGAAGGUUGACAAAGAUAAUCGUGAUUCUGCCAGCCCGAGUAAGGUCAGGUCUAGGUCAAGGUCCCGUUCCAGGUCCAAGUCCCCUGACAAGAGGGAUGCAUCACCAGCCAGCAAUGGGGAUGACCGGAAGGAUGAUGAUGACAAGGAUGACUGAUCUACACUGAGAACUUAAAUCUGCUAGUAUGAACUGUGAUCACGAUAGCGUGCAUGGAUUGUAAAUAAUCAGAGAAUUGUAUUUGACAAUUGUGCUGAUGGCUGUGCAUAUAUUUCAACAUCUAACCUUUCUAACCAGACAGGUGACAUCAGUUGUUUGAUUUGCAUUCAUGAUCAGCAUUUUUAAUCUGUUGUGUACAUGAUUGUGAAAGUGAACUGUUAUCAUGUUAAUCAAUGACUACAUCUCAUGUUUUAUCUUCAACUUUGAUAGGGGCAGUGGGGUAGCCUGGUGUUUAAUUGUUUGCUAUUCACGCCAGACUCCGAUUCAAUUCAUCACAUGGGUACAAUGUAUGAAGCCAAUUUCUGGUGUCUUACCAUGAUAUUGCUGUAAUAUUGCUGAAAGUGGCGUGAAACCAUACAGACUCUUUAACUUUGUAUUCUGAUAUACAAAAUCAUGCCAUUUCAAAUGAACAAUCUUCCCUGUUAAUAGCACUGGAGUGUUAGGACAGUGCUGCUUAUCAUAUGAUUGUUUGUGUUAACAUUGUCCAAAUCAUCACCUUAUUAUUUUGUACAAUUAUGUAAUUAUCGCAAAGUGUUUUAACAUCUGUAUCAUUUAUUCAUGUGUCAUUUCACUUUUACUUCAUGUGUUUUGUUUUAUGUAUUUUAUGUAUAGAUAUUAAAGUAUGAAUGUGGAAA